AUGCAAUCAGAAAGCUUGAACAACCAUUUUGAAUUCCCAGGUAAAAAAGUCCAGCUUAUGUCAGAGCUAUAUACCUUAGAUCAACCAAGAGCGAUUCGUUUCAUGAAGACUGUGCUCCCUUCAGAUGACUUCAUGCGUCGCGAGCAUCUGUUACUUGUCGCUGAUAUUAAUUGUCCAGAUAUAGAAAGCUUUUUCAACCAGAACAAUAAUAUACCCAACACAAAUUUUUAUUCAGCUACAGUUAUAUUCACAACUCAAGACCGCAUAAAAGUGUUAGACUUCGUGUCGUCGCCGACGCUCAUAUCCUUGAGGUUCGUGUUCAAGGAGCCCCCUCUCUCCUACCAGAACAAUUUGUUUCUGCUGCCAUUCAAGACUAGUGUCUGGUAUUGCAUCGGAGCCUUCGUCCUGGCGCUAAUAUUCAUCAUAUAUGUCAACGCCUUUUGGGAGAAAAAGAAACUGGUGCAAAAAGACCCUGGGGAGACUGUUGAUCAUACCGUCCUGAAACCGAAUAUUAGCGAUAUCUCUUUACUAGUUACAGCCGCCAUUACUCAGCAAGGAAGCUCUAUAGAAUUAAAAGGUACUUUAGGGCGGCUAGUGAUGUUUCUGCUAUUCCUAGCCUUCCUACUGCUGUACUCCGCAUAUUCGGCUAGCAUCGUCGCUCUGCUGCAGUCCAGGUCCAAUCAGAUCCGCACCUUGGCCGAUUUGCUCAACUCCAAGUUGGACCUCGGUGUCGAAGACACGCCUUACAAUAGAUACUUUUUCUCGAUCGCAACGGAGCCAGUAAGAAAAGCAAUAUACCAAACGAAAAUAGCUCCUCGCGGCACAAAACCAAAAUUCUAUAGUUUGGAGGAAGGCGUGAAGAAAUUGCAGAAGGAACCAUUUGCCUUUCAUAUGUUGAAAGGAACAGGAUACGGGCUCGUAGAGAAGUAUUUUCAUGAACAUGAAAAAUGUGGCUUUCAAGAAAUCAAUUAUUUGGACGACACUAAAACUUACCUCACUUGUCGCAAGAAUACUCCAUAUAAGGAAAUGUUUAAAGUUGGGAUGUUUCGUAUCCAAGAGCAUGGUCUGAGUGAUCGAGCGAACAAUCUGAUCUACACGCGGAAGCCGCCCUGCACGAGCGCCGGUGGAAGCUUCGCCUCAGUCAACAUGGUGGACUUCUACCCAGUCCUACUCAUGUUCAUGUACGGCAUAGCACUCGCUAUCUCUUUUCUACUGCUGGAAAUAUUGGUACAUCGGAGGCAGAUGCAGUAUCGGACUAAAGACCAUACACUGCCGGAAACACAUGCGCAAACAAAGCUAUCUCACGAACGUUUUUUAGAAAUAUAAUUUUUAAAUGUGUUUUUCCCUAUAUAAUGUAUACCUAAUAAUUAUAUUAGGUAUAAAUAAUAAUAAUAAUUUUGAUAACUAUCAAGUUAUCUGAUUUGAUUAGCUUCACCACAGAGCACAGUGAAGUUUAAAUAAUUAUUGGUACUACCUACUUUAAUUACUACUUAGAUGGAAAGAAUAUUGAUAUUACUUAUAUAAUG